AUGAAUGACUUGUUGGUCUGCGAGAGUCUGCUGGGUCCUAAAGAGUCAGAACACCAGAGUCUGCUGGGUCCUAAAGAGUCAGAACACCAGAGUCUGCUGGGUCCUAAAGAGUCAGAACACCAGAGUCUGCUGGGUCCUAAAGAGUCAGAACACCAGAGUCUGCUGGGUCCUAAAGAGUCAGAACACCAGAGUCUGCUGGGUCCUAAAGAGUCAGAACACCAGAGUCUGCUGGGUCCUAAAGAGUCAGAACACCAGAGUCUGCUGGGUCCUAAAGAGUCAGAACACCAGAGUCUGCUGGGUCCUAAAGAGUCAGAACCCCAGAGUCUGCUGGGUCCUAAAGAGUCAGAACACCAGAGUCUGCUGGGUCCUAAAGAGUCAGAACAGCAGAGUCUGCUGGGUCCUAAAGAGUCAGAACACCAGAGUCUGCUGGGUCUUAAAGAGUCAGAACAGCAGAGUCUGCUGGGUCCUAAAGAGUCAGAACACCAGAGUCUGCUGGGUCCUAAAGAGUCAGAACGCCAGAGUCUGCUGGGUCCUAAAGAGUCAGAACAACAGAGUCUGCUGGGUCCUAAAGAGUCAGAACACCAGAGUCUGCUGGGUCCUAAAGAGUCAGAACGCCAGAGUCUGCUGGGUCCUAAAGAGUCAGAACACCAGAGUCUGCUGGGUCCUAAAGAGUCAGAACGCCAGAGUCUGCUGGGUCCUAAAGAGUCAGAACGCCAGAGUCUGCUGGGUCCUAAAGAGUCAGAACGCCAGAGUCUGCUGGGUCCUAAAGAGUCAGAACACCAGAGUCUGCUGGGUCCUAAAGAGUCAGAACACCAGAGUCUGCUGGGUCCUAAAGAGUCAGAACGCCAGAGUCUGCUGGGUCCUAAAGAGUCAGAACGCCAGAGUCUGCUGGGUCCUAAAGAGUCAGAACACCGGAGUCUGCUGGGUCCUAAAGAGUCAGAACACCAGAAUCUGCUGGGUCUUAAAGAGUCAAAACACCAGAGUCUGCUGGGUCCUAAAGAGUCAGAACACCAGAGUCUGCUGGGUCCUAAAGAGUCAGAACGCCAGAGUCUGCUGGGUCCUAAAGAGUCAGAACGCCAGAGUCUGCUGGGUCCUAAAGAGUCAGAACACCAGAGUCUGCUGGGUCUUAAAGAGUCAGAACGCCAGAGUCUGCUGGGUCCUAAAGAGUCAGAACAACAGAGUCUGCUGGGUCCUAAAGAGUCAGAACACCAGAGUCUGCUGGGUCCUAAAGAGUCAGAACCCCAGAGUCUGCUGGGUCCUAAAGAGUCAGAACCCCAGAGUCUGCUGGGUCCUAAAGAGUCAGAACCCCAGAGUCUGCUGGGUCCUAAAGAGUCAGAACACCAGAGUCUGCUGGGUCCUAAAGAGUCAGAACACCAGAGUCUGCUGGGUCCUAAAGAGUCAGAACCCCAGAGUCUGCUGGGUCCUAAAGAGUCAGAACACCAGAGUCUGCUGGGUCCUAAAGAGUCAGAACACCAGAGUCUGCUGGGUCCUAAAGAGUCAGAACACCAGAGUCUGCUGGGUCCUAAAGAGUCAGAACCCCAGAGUCUGCUGGGUCCUAAAGAGUCAGAACACCAGAGUCUGCUGGGUCCUAAAGAGUCAGAACAGCAGAGUCUGCUGGGUCCUAAAGAGUCAGAACACCAGAGUCUGCUGGGUCUUAAAGAGUCAGAACAGCAGAGUCUGCUGGGUCCUAAAGAGUCAGAACACCAGAGUCUGCUGGGUCCUAAAGAGUCAGAACAACAGAGUCUGCUGGGUCCUAAAGAGUCAGAACGCCAGAGUCUGCUGGGUCCUAAAGAGUCAGAACGCCAGAGUCUGCUGGGUCCUAAAGAGUCAGAACGCCAGAGUCUGCUGGGUCCUAAAGAGUCAGAACACCAGAGUCUGCUGGGUCCUAAAGAGUCAGAACACCAGAGUCUGCUGGGUCCUAAAGAGUCAGAACGCCAGAGUCUGCUGGGUCCUAAAGAGUCAGAACGCCAGAGUCUGCUGGGUCCUAAAGAGUCAGAACACCGGAGUCUGCUGGGUCCUAAAGAGUCAGAACACCAGAAUCUGCUGGGUCUUAAAGAGUCAAAACACCAGAGUCUGCUGGGUCCUAAAGAGUCAGAACACCAGAGUCUGCUGGGUCCUAAAGAGUCAGAACGCCAGAGUCUGCUGGGUCCUAAAGAGUCAGAACGCCAGAGUCUGCUGGGUCCUAAAGAGUCAGAACACCAGAGUCUGCUGGGUCUUAAAGAGUCAGAACGCCAGAGUCUGCUGGGUCCUAAAGAGUCAGAACAACAGAGUCUGCUGGGUCCUAAAGAGUCAGAACACCAGAGUCUGCUGGGUCCUAAAGAGUCAGAACCCCAGAGUCAGCUGGGUCCUAAAGAGUCAGAACCCCAGAGUCUGCUGGGUCCUAAAGAGUCAGAACCCCAGAGUCUGCUGGGUCCUAAAGAGUCAGAACACCAGAGUCUGCUGGGUCCUAAAGAGUCAGAACACCAGAGUCUGCUGGGUCCUAAAGAGUCAGAACACCAGAGUCUGCUGGGUCCUAAAGAGUCAGAACACCAGAGUCUGCUGGGUCCUAAAGAGUCAGAACACCAGAGUCUGCUGGGUCCUAAAGAGUCAGAACCCCAGAGUCUGCUGGGUCCUAAAGAGUCAGAACCCCAGAGUCUGCUGGGUCCUAAAGAGUCAGAACCCCAGAGUCUGCUGGGUCCUAAAGAGUCAGAACCCCAGAGUCUGCUGGGUCCUAAAGAGUCAGAACCCCAGAGUCUGCUGGGUCCUAAAGAGUCAGAACCCCAGAGUCUGCUGGGUCCUAAAGAGUCAGAACCCCAGAGUCUGCUGGGUCCUAAAGAGUCAGAACACCAGAGUCUGCUGGGUCCUAAAGAGUCAGAACACCAGAGUCUGCUGGGUCCUAAAGAGUCAGAACGCUGUCAGCUGCAGAGCAUUUUGCUACAAGCUCUGUUACUGUGGAGUUAG